AUGAGUAGUAACGCUGGCAGCCAGGCCAGCUCUACAAUACAACCAACAUUGAUCCAACAAUACAUUACACCAAAACUAAUCAAAGAUGUCAAGUUCUUUCUCGCUGGUGUUGUCGUUAUGACAGUGACCAUAUUCCAUUAUUUAUGGAUCAUCAAAAAAUGGAUGAUGAACCCAACAAUAUCAACAUUUGAAUUGUCGAGUCAUUUUGUUGUUUUUGCAAUAGUUGAACUUUUCAUUUGGUACCUCUACUUGUUCAAACUUACAACUGUUAUAUACGAGGAGGAAUUAGCUCAAUAUGAACAAGACGAGAGAUUGAGAAAAGAGGACGAAGCUAAAAGAAAACAGCGGUAA